AUGCCCCAUCCCAAGAGCAUGCACAACAACUACGGUGAGCGCUGCUCGCGGACUGCCCCUUAUCAGGAGUCGCAAGAGGUCGUUGCACAGUGCUACAGCUGCCACACCGCCGCGACGCCACUUGGGCACAAAGACAACGAGGGCAAGGCUGUUGGCAAUGUGCACGGUCUCUACUACAAGUUUCAUGGCUCGGCUCAUCCGAUUUCCAUGAAGUUUGAUGUUAUUUGA